AUGAGGAUGGAAGCACGCCGAAAAAAUCUUCUCAUUUUGAUUUUGCAUUACUUAACACAAGAAGGAUAUAUUGAUGCAGCCAAUGCUUUGGAGCAAGAAACCAAACUGGGGUUACGACGCUUUGAAGUUUGUGACAACAUUGAUCUUGAAACUAUUUUGAUGGAAUAUGAGAGUUAUUAUUUUGUAAAAUUCCAGAAAUACCCCAAAAUUGUUAAAAAGGCAUCAGAUACAGGAGAAAAUAAUUUACCACCAAGAAGUGGAGGGAAGACCAGAAGGAUGAUGAAUGACAGUUGUCAAAAUCUUCCCAAGAUCAAUCAACAGAGGCCACGAUCCAAAACCAUGGCAGGGAAGAUGGGGGACAACAAAUCUCUCAACAAGGAGCAACCAAAACAGGGCAUCAAUAACACUCACAUGGAGACCCCUGACUUUGGCUUAAACAUAUCAAGAAUCCACAAAGACAGUGGAGAAGAAAGUGCCCACCCACGAAGAGGCCCAAUCAUCGACUUCCGAGGGCUGCUCACAGAUGCCAUCAGGGGAGCAACUGGUGAACUUGCCUUGAACACCUUCGACUGUAACCCAGACCCCUCAGAACGAUUGCUGAAACCUCUGAGUGCAUUUAUUGGCAUGAACAGUGAGAUGCGAGAAUUGGCAGCCGUGGUGAGCCGGGACAUUUAUCUCCAUAAUCCAAACAUAAAGUGGGAUGACAUUAUUGGACUGGACGCAGCCAAGCAGCUAGUGAAAGAAGCUGUUGUGUAUCCUAUAAGGUAUCCACAGCUAUUUACAGGAAUUCUUUCACCCUGGAAAGGACUUCUGCUUUACGGCCCUCCAGGUACAGGAAAGACCUUACUGGCCAAAGCUGUGGCCACCGAAUGUAAAACAACCUUCUUUAACAUUUCUGCAUCUACCAUUGUCAGCAAAUGGAGAGGGGAUUCCGAAAAACUUGUUCGGGUUUUAUUUGAACUUGCCCGUUAUCACGCCCCCUCUACGAUCUUCCUGGACGAGCUGGAGUCGGUGAUGAGUCAGAGAGGCAUGGCUCCUGGGGGAGAACAUGAAGGAAGCCUUCGGAUGAAGACAGAGUUACUGGUGCAGAUGGAUGGGCUGGCGCGCUCAGAAGAUCUCGUGUUUGUCUUAGCAGCUUCUAACCUGCCAUGGGAGCUGGACUGUGCCAUGCUACGUCGUCUGGAGAAGAGGAUUUUGGUUGAUCUCCCCAGCCGAGAGGCCAGGCAGGCUAUGAUCCACCACUGGCUGCCCCCAGUGAGCAAGAGCAGAGCCCUGGAGCUACGCACAGAGCUGGAGUACAGCAAGCUGAGCCAGGAGACUGAGGGUUACUCUGGCUCAGACAUUAAGCUGGUCUGCAGGGAAGCAGCCAUGAGGCCUGUGAGGAAGAUCUUCAGUAUACUUGAAAAUCACCAUUCAGAGAGCACCCAUUUUCCUGGGAUCCAGUUGGAAACAGUGACCACUGCCGACUUUCUGGAUGUGCUGGCUCAUACCAAACCUUCAGCAAAGAACCUCACUCCGAGAUACUUGGCUUGGCAAAGAGAGUUUGAGUCUGUUUGA